AUGUGCGUUUCCGGUCAAGUUAUUUGCGAAUGCGACUGGCCCAGAGACACGGUCCGUCACUGCACCAAGUACGUCCAGACUGGCGAACUGUGCCCUGGUACCUCAAAGUGUCUUCUCCCCAACACAGAGCGUCGCAAAACGGAAGGCGGCGUCUACAAAUGCUCCAAUCCCGCGUGCGAGAUUUGGGAUCUCGAAAUGUGUCGUGGCAUCCGCGAAAGAGGAAAGUACAUGGACCGACAGAUGUCUUUGACGCUUGGCCAAUGGAUGAAGAAGGAGGAGGAGGCUGAGAAGGCGAGUAUGGCCUUGAUGAAUGAGGCCAAUCCAGUCGAGUCUGGAGGUGAAGGCCACGCUAGUAUCGUGGUCAUCCCAGACGACUCCGAUUCCGACGACGAUGACAACGAUGAAGGCCUUGAAGCGCUACUGCAGUUGGCACUGGCUGAGGCCCAGGAUAUCGUCGAGAGCAUACCCGACAGCAUCCUCAAGAAGCCCGAGGUCUUCCUCAAGCCCGAGGUCGACGUCCCCGAGCUGGAGGUAGAGGAAUCAACAACCGAUGACCUGGAGAGCUUGUUUGGCGGUUCUUCGAGUCCCCCGACUCCCGACAUGAGGCUCGUUAAGAAUCAUCAUACCAUCUGUCUCCCAACAGAAAGUCACCUCCCAAGCCCCGUACUCUCUCAACCGACCCCCGCGGAUCCCGUCAAAGAAGGCGAUUCUCAAACACCCCCCGCCGAUACAAAGAGCGAACAAUCAACUCCCGUCAUCCUGCCAGCACAAGCGCCAGUUCAACAUCAACCCGCCCCCCAAGUCCCUCAGAAGCCUGCUUCAACGUAUCCCGCCCAGAAUACCAUGGCAAUGGGCAACAAGAUGCCCAUCAGCUACCCAGCGGUCCCGCAGCACAUGAGGCCGACUCUGAGCGGACCAAACCAAGCGACCCUACGAGCGCUUCGAGCCCAGACUCCCCGCCGCGGGAGCGGGCGUCCAAUGAUACCAGCUAGAGGCAUGCCGAUUCAAAACGGGUACACGGCCUCUCCUCAAGUCUCUCAGGGACCUGUCCCUACUUAUCCCGGCCAGAAUACUAUGGCGAUGGGCAAUGACAUGGCCGUCAGCCAUCAACAGCCGACGGUACCGCAGGCCCAUGCCCGUGCCGCGCCCGCUCAAGGUGCUCUCAUGGCAGCCCGGUUCGGUUGUCGGAUGCCAGGCUCUGGCAUCCAGAACACGGCUGCUAUGGGUGCGGGCGUGGGCAUGGGCAUGGGCAACACUAUGCCCAACUGCGGGGGCCAGGGGAUGUCUCUUGCGAUGUCGGCCCAGCCUACAGGGCCGCAGGGUAUGCCAUCUCAGUACGUGGCAUAUCAGAAUAUGCCACCCCAGAGAGUGCCCCCCGGCUUCCCCAACUUCAUUCAGAGCCCGCAGAUGCCAUACCAGGGCAUGCCGGCCCAGGGUAUGUUGCCUCAGGGUAUGCCACCCAACGGUAUGCCAACCCAGGGCUUCCCACCCCAGAACGGCUACAUGCCCAGCCCGGCGAUCCCCCAGAUGCGGACACGACCCAUGCGGGGGCUCGCAUCCAACGGCAUGCCAGCCCAGCAGGGAUACAUGAAUCCGGCCUACAUGGCGAACGGGGCGGCGCCGUUACAGUAUGCGGGACCAAGGUCGCCCAUGGUCGGUACUGCCUCCGCCCAGGCUCCGGCCGGUGUUGCUCCCUUCCCCCGGGCCUCAACUGGAAGCAUGUUCCUCCAGUCCCAGCCGCAGCCCCAGUUCCCGAACCAGCCCCAGCCCCUGAUCCCGCCCUUCUUCAACAGCAGGAUCUGGGACCAGAGCCAGGCACAGAAUGCCUCAAGACCGCAGAUGGCUUCGGGUAUGCCUGGCAUGCCCCCCGCACAAGGCACGAUCGCCGGGUCCGGUCCAGCCACAGGUCAAAAGAGAUCUCACAACGCGAUCUCCACCGGCUACACCGAUCCUCGCCUGAGCCAGCCUCCCCUGACACCCGGCGGCAUGCCAAUUACAUCACCAGCGAAUACGCCGCCGUCGGUGGACGGAGAGCGCCAGACGAAGCGCCGGGCGAUGUAA